ACGCCGGGGGCCGGGGCCAUAAACCCAGGAGGCCGGGGCUCCCUCCCAGGCGGAAGGAAAGAAGGAAGGAAGGAAGAAGCCCUGCUGCUGCCAUGCUGGCCCUGCUCGCCCUGGCCCUGCUGCUGCUGCUGGCCGCCCCUGCCGCCCUGGCCGAGCCCCUCAAGUUCCUGGACUGCGGUUCCAAAGAUGGAACUAUUACAGAGGUCAACGUGACUCCUUGCCCUUCAGAACCGUGUCUUCUCCACAAAGGAGAGUCUUACACUGUCAAUGUCACAUUUUCUAGUAAGAUUAACAGCCAAGGCAGCCAAGCAAAGGUGUAUGGAGAAAUGCUCCAUAUGGACAUCCCCUUCCCCCUUGAUCAGUCUGAUGGUUGCAAGUCAGGAAUCAGCUGCCCAAUUCAGACUGGCCAGUCUUACAACUAUCUGAACAAGUUACCAGUGAAAAGCGACUAUCCAUCUAUUAAACUGGUUGUGAAAUGGGAGCUGCUUGAUGAUCAAGGCGAGAUGUUGUUCUGUUGGAAAAUUCCUGUCCAGAUCACCAGUUAAGAAGAUCCUGCUUAACUCUUGAGGGUUUCCACGGGAGGGAACAAUGGGGAGGCUGGGUAUAGAAAGGAGUCAAAUGCUUUGCUCUACAAAGCAUUUCUUGUUUCAGUUCCUGUAGCAUCUGUGCAACAAUUACUCUCUUCCCCCGGAGUGAAAAUCAGAAUGCAGUGGUCAGAAAGAAUUCAUCCAAAAGAGAAUGGGGAAAAUCUUGCUAUAGCUCUGGGCAAAAGGUCAUAUAAAAUCAUUGAUGGAAGUAAUGUGUGGAGGAUUUUGACUGUUUAUAAUAAAAUGCUUAUCAUGAAAAGAUGUUUUGGUGGGGGGGGGGAGAAAACAGAGCAAACAUCUGUCAGAAAGUUUGCAGCUUGUCAACAAUACAGUGCCUCUCACGGUCAAAUGUUGCAGGCUUUCAUCUAUUUUCCUACCAGUUUCCCCUGCUCUCCCAUGACCUAAAAUUUUCUUGGAUCUUCAUUUGUCAUCUGGAGCCAAAAGAAGACUGAAUAGCCACCUGCUGUGACUACUUGCUGCAGAGAGGGAAAACCAUCCUCUCAGUCGAUGCCAAACCAAAUGGCAUUUGGUCUCUCUGUGGAGAUCAUUUGUAUUAAACAUUUUGCACUGUCUUGUAACUUACCUGGAGUUCACUGUAUACUCCAAAUCCAGCUUCUUUUUAUAACUUCCUUUUAAUAAAGCCUUGUCAUUAAA